AUGGUUAAUGAUAUUAAAAUCGUUAAUAAAAAUAAUGAAAAGCAAGUAAUUAAUGAAGAAUUUCCUCAACAUGUUAUGGAAAAUAAUUUUCUGUUGUCUGUUGAGCCUAAUUUGACUGACAAGAUUUAUUUCAAAGGAUCUAUGAAUCAAGAGAUCACAACUCAUUUAAUAUUAACAAAUAGAGAUGAUUACAAGCAAGCAUUUAAAGUUAAAUGUUCAAAGAAUGAAACUUUUAAAAUAAAACCUUCUUUUGGUGUCUUGCAACAUUCAGAGAAAACCAAAAUUACUGUAACAUACAUACCAACACCAAAUUUUGAAAAUGAAAUUGCUAGACACCAUUUUGGAAUUUUCCAUAUUCCAUGUUCAGAAGGAGCUCAUCCGUUAGCAAUCUGGGAAACACAUUAUGGUCCUCCACAAGGGUCUUUACGUCUAAAAAUAGAAUUUCAAAAUAGUGAUAGUUAA